AUGACGGAGUUACUGUCCUCAAGCAGUAACUACAGUACAUAUCGAAGAGUCUACAAUGAAUGUGGUGGAUUUAAGAUUCCGAUUCUGGGUGUCCAGCUGAAGGAUUUAGUUUCACUAAAUGAAGCUUUGCCUGACUAUUUGGACAAUGGGAAAAUCAAUGUCAGCAAACUGCAGAGUCUGUACCAGCACAUCCUGGAGCUACGGCAGCUGAAGAAAGUCAUUCCACCAUUCCAAGCCAACAAUGAUGUGAUACUGCUGCUAACAACAUCAUUAGAUACCUUUUACACGGAAGAUGAGAUCUACUCCCUGUCCUACACUCGGGAACCACGCAGUCCCAAAAUAUUGUCCACCACACCUAACAAGCCACCUGCUGAUAUUCCACACUGGACCCCUGACAUUCCUAUACAGCCGGACCCCGAGGCCCUCAGUCGCAGUGUUGAGCAGAUGGUGCAGUUUUUUUUUCGGUUUUAUGAUCCCGAUCAGAAAGGAUUUGUUUUCCGGGAAGACUUUGAGAAGGUUGUUUCCAGUCUUCCAUUCUCCUGUCACAUCCUAGAAAAGGACCAAGAAGGACCAAUGAACCAUAAGGAGAUGACAUCAUACUUUAUGAAAGCCAGCCAGAUUUGCUCCAAGCUUGGAGUUCCUUUCCUGCAAACGUUGGUGGAAAUACGACUGAAGGAAUCCCUUCUGUGCCCCAGCUGUAUUUGGGCUGUGGCUAAGCAAGGCUACUUACCGGAAGGUUUGAACAAGGAUGGUACACAGACAUGGACAUCUAGACCCAGCAGUCCCAUGCACAGCGAUGAAACAAGAGGC